CACAACUAUUGACAAAUAUUCAAAUUCUCGGGAAGUUUGUUUGAAGCUAAUUUAGCGCCACCGCCUUAAUAGCAGAGAGAAGAGAAAGCUUAUCGAAGCGGCGCCGGAAAGUUGAGCUAGCGCCCGACCAUUCGCCUUCAGGUUGAUCCUUUCGAAUCCAAGUUCGUUCCGCUUGAACCACGAUUUUUGGAUUUCUUUUCUUAACAACCUUGCCUUGGUACCGAGAUGCAGUUCGCGAAAGAAUCUGCUGGUGAGGCGGCGAUGGCUGGGAUCCAAUCUGGAACGCCGGUGACUCUGGCCGAGUUGCGCCCCGAAUCACCGCUCUUUAAGGAAGGAGCUUCGCUUAGAGUCACUGGAAAGAUACAAGAAUAUAGCGUGGAGACAGCUAUAGCUACAGUUGUGGAUGGUGAUUCCAAACUCAAGAUUGACACCCAGCAUCUUAGGGAUCUGAGCUUUCGAACCGGCUCGAUCUUCCAGUUCAUUGGCGAACUCCUCAUACAUCCUGAUAACGAGGCAGUUCUGCAGGCAAGGGUUGGAAGGAAUGUCGAUGGAAUUGACCUUAACCUCUACCAUCAAUCUCUGCAGUUACUGAGGCAGUUCCAAGCUGACCACAUCAGGGCUUGAACAUCGUGACUCAAACCCGAAUCGAAAGUUCUCAUAAGGGUAUCUGGCCAGAGAAAGGUACACCACCAAACGGCUUCUCAAAAUGUGUAUCGUUAUCUACUUGUCUUUAACCUGUUGCCCUACCCGAUUGUAGAAAAACCCCUUCACCUUUUUGCAAUUUUCUAGCAUAGACUUUAGCGAUGAAUGUGGAAAACCCUUCUCAGUAGCGUCGCUCUCUUAUCUCCAAUGACAUAUCCUAGGCUUUACUUGUCGUCUAACCUAUAACAUGGUAAUUGCUAACACUAUUAGAACAAGAGAAUCAUCAUGGGAAAGACUGAAGAUAAAAAGAUUAGCCUGUUGGUGGUCUUGUCUUAUUAAUCGCUGUAUAGUUAUAUGGAUAUUGGCAUCUGACGUCUUUUUUAGAUACAAGACAAGCUGAGAAUUGGGUGCCUUGACUCUAUGUCUAGCUUCUAGCAGUUUGUGUUACCCGUGGAAGAAAGCGACGAAAGGAACCUUACUCUACAGUUUCUCCUGUUGGCUCAGGUUGAACCCCCUAUUAAACAAGAUUAGAAUUA